GACGGAUAAACGUUGAGCUUUCGAAUUGUUCCAAAAAAUCCGAGAUAGAAACGGCCCUCUUGUCCGUAACACGAGGGAUCGAUACCCCUCGAUCUCUCCCGGGGAAUUUGAUUAAUCGUGCGGUGUGGUACCGACACCGUUGUCGUAACUGCCAAAAGUAACGAGAGACUUAGUCUGUCGAUUGCCGACGGCGGCGCAAGCGGGUCCAGACGCGUCGAAAAGUCCGCUCACUCACGCGCUCUGAAUAAUCAAAACUCAUGUGAAUCCCAGAAGGUGGAUGAUUCCGAUUACCGAGAAGCCCUGGCUGCUAUUGACUCGCGCAACCGGAUGCGGCCUUUGAGGAGUCAUCGAUGUCCAUGAAUCAGCAACGCAGUCACCCAGACGAGCUGCAUCGCGGCGCCCGCCAGCUUACCGAGCCACUCUGCGGGCCUCAAGACAGUCCCGAGUCGUCGACAGGUGAAGAUGAACUCGUUGCAGAGGUGUGGACAAGUCCGAGUCGGGUGUCCUGGUCCCUCGACGACACCGAGGAACACUUCGCGGGGAAAAGCGGACCAUCGGUCUUACGCGGUUCGAGGGAAGAGUCCUUCGAUCAGGGGAGGACAAACAAUCCACGGCGAAAUCCCCGCAGAUCGGCCAGGGCCAAGCUAUUGUCUUACGUCGAAUACACGGAGCACGAUGAGUCGUCGUCGACGCGGGUUUUUGGAGAGAAAUGGUUGACGGAUGCUUCCGGUGAGGAAGUUGGUGAUUCAGAGGGAAGAUCGGAGAUUGGUGGUACCCGAGAAUCGCGGUCCUCGGUGAGUCAGGAAGCGAAUAAAAACGUACGCGCUCUAGUUGGGACCAGGAACUGCGGGCAAGUUUGCAGGCAUGGAGAGAUGUGCGAGGCAGACUUGGAGCUCCGCCGGGAGUUGGAGCUCCUCGACACGGGAUCAAGGGAAAGCGUCGAGAAAUCCUGGGUUUCCAUCGGCCACGAAAAGCCUCGAGAGUCUUCAUCUCCUGCGAGGAUCACCGGAAUUGAAGAAAGUCCAUUCCACGCCGGGGAACAAACCUUCUUCAGGAACAACCCCAGGACUAUUGAACCUGCCGUCGUUUUCCCGACCAAGGAGUGUCGCGACGCCGAGUGCGGAUCUAGUGUCAGUGCGUCGAUACGUGUGGCAGGCGAGUCCUGCGUGCGACCUGGAAGAUCCGCGACUCCGGAGAUCAGAUACGGACCCCGAGAUCCUUUCCCUGCAGGGGCUACCCAGCUGCCGCAAUCCGGAGAACGUAGAACGGCUGACAAUGAAGAUCCACUCGAGGACUCUUCGCGUCUAUCGAAAGGCCUUCUGUCGGGAUCUUUGCAAACGUCGGAGCUGCGCGAAGGCUUCUGCAGAGAUAUGCAGCACGUGGAAGAUCGAAGUGUUGUUAGAAACGGAGGCGGAUGUAAGGUGAAACCGGAAAAACCGAAGAAGCCCCCGGACGCUGAACAGACCGAUGAACUGGUCCUGGUGCCGUUCGACCCUUCGGAAUGGAACGAAAGCCACGUCGCUUCAUGGGUGGCCUGGUGUACGCGGACAUUCUCUAUGAAAUCAGCACCCUCUACAACGGAUUUGCCACCAACAGGAAAGGAGCUGUUGGACCUGACAGCGGAGCGCUGGAAAAGCCUACCUGGAGGACAUAUUCUGGCAGUCCACCUGGCACACCGUCGUUUCCAAGCGACAGGAGUCUCUAGCCCAAUUCUCCAGGAAAUGAACAAGCUUCCUUGCAACGAAAUGGAACGGAUCAGCCUCCUGCAGAGGACUUGUUCGCUGAUUGGCUCAGGAAGCGGAGGCCCGGGGUCGGUCGGGGGAGGUCAGGUCCAGCUGUGGCAGUUCCUCCUAGAGCUACUCUCCGAUUCGUCGAACGCCUCCUGCAUUGCGUGGGAGGGCUCAAACGGAGAGUUCAAGCUCACCGACCCGGACGAGGUGGCGAGGAGAUGGGGCGAACGCAAGAGCAAACCCAACAUGAACUACGACAAACUUUCGAGAGCCCUCAGGUAUUACUACGACAAAAACAUAAUGACGAAAGUCCACGGGAAAAGAUACGCCUAUAAAUUUGACUACCACGGGCUAAUGGCGGCAUGUCAGGCCCAAGCAGGUGUAACGGUGGACCAGCCGCAUCCCCAUCAUAUUUACCCAUCGGGCCCACCACCUCCACCACCACCGCCCCCGCCGCCGCCACACUAUUGUUGGCCCUAUAACGCGCGCUACAGUCCGACGAUUUAACGUCAACCAAAAACCCCUAACUUUCAAUGACUCAGGACCCCGAUGCAGUUCCUUGGAUUCCUUAAUCACGCAAGGACCUACGGGAAAUACUUGAAAAUUACCAU